GUUAGUUAGAGUCAUAGUGAUAAUGCCCAUAGUCAUCAUAUUGUCUUUCAUUAAAUCAUUGUCUUCUUCAUGCCACUUAUUCCUGAGAUGUUAACGGGCUGUUUCCGGUUUUCAUGUUUUCUCAAAUUUGUGGUUUCUCUUUAGUCUUUAGUGAGUUGGUACUCGGUUCGCAAUGCGAGUAUAUUCUGAUAAUUAAGUUGCAUUCAUGGAUGGUGAUAUUAUAGGAGCGACCAGAUUGUAUUAAAUUCCCUUUUUGAUCUUCUUUGAGGAAUUUCUUCUAGGACUAAUUUGAACAAGUAAAAUAAAGUAGCAAAAAUGUCUAUUGUUUAUAAGGUCUUGCGUACGUGAUUAUGGAGUCAUGAAAUGAAACUUCCUUUCGAGACAUGAAUUUCAUCUUUUAAGAUGUGACACUUUGAAGCUUUUGCUUUGGGAUUAUACCUUGAUUUAAAGAGCCGUUGUAGCUUCAUCAUUUCUGUUCUUCUCUUUGGUCUUUUUUUUGGCCAAAGUUCUUAUCUUUGUUAAUGACGUAGUAACUAGUGAUAACUUUUGCAUCAUGUCAACAGAUUGGCUAUGCACGAAGAAUCAUCAACUAGGCGCAAGGUUGAUGAUAAAGUGCAAGAUGGAGCCAUUCCUGCCUAUCUUCUGGAUCGGGAAAACACUACACGCGCAAAGGUUCUCAGCAACACCAUAAAGCAAAAGAGGAAAGAGAAAGCUGGAAAAUGGGAGGUCCCCAUCCCCAAGGUCAGGCCUGCUGCAGAAGAUGAAAUGUUUAAGGUGAUGAGAUCUGGUAAAAGAAAAAGUAAGCUUCUGUUUUAUGAGAUGUUUACAAAGUGCACAUUUGUAGGACCUGGUUUUACAAGAAAACCUCCCAAAUAUGAUUGGAAAUAUGCUCAGGUGAUAAAUAACCCACAGAAUGAUGGUUUUAUAAAUGCAGUUUUGCUUGUAUAA